GAGUGAGUGGUUUGUCUUCAGGAGAUAUGCAGAAUUUGAUAAGCUUUACAAUACUAACUGUUUACAGGAAGGAGGAGUGUAGGGGAUGUCAUCCAAAAACUGAGCAGUGCGGAAGUGUGCAUGAGUGAAGAGCUUAGCAUCCUUGGGACGGUUUCAUUUUAAAUAGCUGGUGAUUAAUUAGAGAGAACACAAAGAUCACAUCUUCCCAUGAGGUAAUAAAUGUUAAAGAAACAGUUUCCUGCUAUGGCCCUGAAGAUUCCUGCCAAGCGAAUAUUUGGUGAUAAUUUUGAUCCCGAUUUUAUCAAACAGAGAAGAGCAGGACUCAAUGAAUUCAUUCAGAACUUAGUUAGGCAUCCAGAGCUCUAUAACCAUCCAGAUGUCAGAGCAUUCCUUCAAAUGGACAGUCCAAAACAUCAGUCAGAUCCAUCUGAAGAUGAGGAUGAAAGAAGUACUGAGAAGCUACACUCUACCUCACAGAACAUCAACCUGGGACCUUCUGGAAAUCCUCAUGCUAAACCAAUAGACUUUGAUUUCUUAAAAGUUAUCGGAAAAGGCAGCUUUGGCAAGGUUCUUCUUGCAAAGCGGAAACUGGAUGGAAAAUUUUAUGCUGUCAAAGUGUUACAGAAAAAAAUCGUUCUCAACAGAAGAGAGCAAAAACAUAUUAUGGCUGAACGUAAUGUGCUCUUGAAAAAUGUGAAACAUCCAUUUUUGGUUGGAUUGCAUUAUUCUUUCCAAACAACUGAAAAGCUUUAUUUUGUUCUGGAUUUUGUCAAUGGAGGGGAGUUGUUUUUUCACUUACAAAGAGAACGAUCCUUUCCUGAAUACAGAGCACGGUUUUAUGCUGCUGAAAUCGCCAGCGCAUUGGGUUACUUGCACUCCAUCAAAAUAGUGUACAGAGACUUGAAACCAGAAAAUAUUCUUUUGGAUUCAGUAGGACAUGUUGUCUUAACAGAUUUUGGGCUUUGUAAAGAAGGAAUUGCUAUUUCCGACACCACCACAACAUUUUGUGGGACACCAGAGUACCUUGCACCUGAAGUCAUCAGAAAACAGCCCUAUGACAAUACUGUAGAUUGGUGGUGUCUUGGUGCUGUUCUAUAUGAAAUGCUGUAUGGAUUGCCUCCCUUUUAUUGCCGAGAUGUUGCUGAAAUGUAUGACAAUAUUCUUCACAAGCCCCUAAAUCUGAGGCCAGGAGUGAGCCUCACAGCCUGGUCCAUUCUGGAAGAACUCCUAGAAAAAGACAGGCAAAAUCGACUUGGUGCCAAAGAGGAUUUUCUUGAAAUUCAGAAUCAUCCCUUUUUUGAAUCACUCAAUUGGAAUGACCUUGUACAAAAGAAGAUUCCACCACCGUUUAAUCCUAAUGUGGCAGGACCAGAUGAUAUUAGGAACUUUGAUGCUGCAUUUACGGAAGAAACAGUUCCAUAUUCUGUGUGUGUGUCUACUGAUUAUUCUAUAGUGAACGCCAGCGUACUGGAGGCUGAUGAUGCAUUCGUUGGUUUCUCUUAUGCACCUCCUUCAGAAGACUUAUUUUUGUGAACAUUUUGCCAUCCGGAAACCAUUGAGCAAAUAUAGGUCUACGUACAGAUGAUACUGAAAUUCCUGUUUGUGUGAAUACAUUCAAAUACGUUUAACUAGUGCCUCAUUUUUACAUGUAAUGUUAACAACUAUGAAAAAUGUAUUUUCUGCUGUAUGCAAGAAAAUAGGGCAUUUCAAAGAGCUAAGUUUUGAAUUAAAAUUUGUAGUCUUGUUUAUUAAGCUUAUUUUUAAACAGAAAUUUUAAAAGCUAUUGUUCUUGAUAUUAACCUAUUUUUAAAGAAAACUUUUGCUGAUGACUGUUUUCCCCCUCUAAGUUUACACUAAUAUCUGCUGAAGAUAGACUGUUUUUCAACAGUCUGUUUCAGUUCAGUUAACAUACAUUAAUGCCUUUAUAACUCUCUACUUUGACCUUUGUCCUCAGAUCAGAGCUAUGCAAUUGGUAUGUGGUUGUUUAAGAAGAAACCAUAUCUGUCCAUAAUAAAUUACUGCUUGCCAUACUUAGUCUUGGUAGGAUUAAAAUGUAAAAGCAUAGUUAAUACAUUGGCUGCUAAUUAACACUUUCAAAACUGUUCAUUCUGCAGAUCAAAUUAAGAAGUAACAAAAAAAGGCCCUGGCUAGGUAUCUCAGUUGGGUAGAGCACUGUCCCAACUGACCAAGGUUGUGGGUUCGAUCCCUGGAUAGGACACAAAGGAGAAUCAACCAGUGAAUGCAUAAAUAAGUGGAACAACAAAUGGAUGUCUCUUCUUUCUCUCUCUUUUUCUAAAAUCAAUAAAAAGAAAAAAGUGACAAAAGGAAAUCUUUUGCUUUUGAAAUACCAAUUUAAAUUUGUAAAUUAUUUUUCCUCUGGAGUAAAAGUAAACGUUUAAUAGUUGGCAUUUUAAACAUUCCCAAAGAUUUGAAGUAAUGAAGUACUGCUGGAUUUUUUUUUAAGGUGGUUCCAAAAUGAAUGUCGCUCUGUCAUGUAUUUAUAUUACAAAUACAUCCUAUUUAUGUUCUUUUUGGUCUUUUGGAUGUGUAAUAUACUGUAAAGUAGGUCUAAAUCUUGGUACUUAGUUUUGCAAAUAGCUUUUCAAAACUGUCUCCUGCCCUGGCCAUUUUGGCUCAGCAGUUAGAGUGUCGGCCUGCAGUCCAGAGAGGCCUGGGUUCAGUUCC